AUGAUGUCCCCCAGAAUUGCCAUCGUCGGCGCUGGCCCCGCCGGCCUAACGCUCGGCGCCCUCCUCCACGAACACUCCAUCCCAUUUACCAUCUUCGAGCUGCGCCAGAAACCAACCGCUGAAGACCUUUCAAUGCCAUCCGGCAUGCUCGAUCUCCACGAGGGAUCCGGCCUCGCCGCCAUCCGCGCCUGCGGCCUCUACGACGAAUUCCUCAAACACACAGGCGACUGCGCCGAGACGCACAAGGUCGCUGAUAAAGACGGGCACAUCCUCUACAGCGACGAAGACGACAGCAACAUGCGACCGAGUCACCGGCCAGAAAUUGCGCGUUAUGCUCUGCUGACUAUUCUCCUCAGCAAAGUACCCCAAGACCGCAUCAAAUGGGGCCAUAAGCUUCUGGCUGCGAGGAGGACCGGCGUCAGCACAGAAACAGAGCUAGAUUUUGGCCCCCAAGGCAAGCAGACAUUCGACCUCGUCGUCGGCGCCGACGGCGCGUGGUCCGCCGUCCGCGCUCUCCUAACGGACAUCAGACCGCACUACGCCGGACUCCAAAGUAUUACGCUGACGGUCGAGAAUAUCAGCACGCGGUAUCCGCAGCUCGCGGCGCUGAUUGGGCGAGGGGGUUUUUCGUCGCUUGGGCUGCGGAAUGGGGUGAUGACGCAACGGGGACCGCGGGAUUCAGCGCGUGUGUAUGUCUUUUUCACCGCGGCGGAUGGGUUCACUGGCGAGGGGAAGCGAGCGGCUAGCGUAACGAAGGAGCAGCUACUCAGUGACGAGGCCCUCCUGGGGAGGUUUGGUGACUCUGUGAAGGAGUUGGUGGCUGUUGGUGUUGCGUGCGACAGAACCGCGGACCUGCCUGAGGGGGUCGUUGAGGUCAAACCGCUGUAUAUGUUGCCUGUUGGCGCUGCGUGGGCGCAUAAGCCGGGUGUGACUAUCGUCGGGGACGCCGCGCAUCUGAUGUGUCCGUGGGCUGGGGAGGGAGUUAAUCUCGCCAUGUGUGAUGCGCUGAUGCUUGCGAAGGUUAUUGUCAAGUUUCAGACUGCGCUGGAUCCGUUACUGCGGCAGUUCGAGGAGGAUAUGGUGACACGCGCAAAGGAGAAGGCGGAGGAGACGGUGAGUAACGGACAGAUGAUGUUUGGCGACGACGGGGCGAGGGGUUUAGCUCAGUUCUUCAGAAGCAUGGGACAGCAGCAGUACCAUUUGUGA